AUGGCUCGUCGUCCUUUUACGAUUUCUCUCUUCCUGAUACAUUUUCCUCUCUCGCUUCUCUCUUUAGACCAUUCGAUUUCUUUCUUUCUGAUAAUUGCUCUUUUUCUUUAUUUUAUCUAUUUUUCUCCACCUAUCAUAUUUGUUUUACUUUCUGGUUCAUUUUUUUUUCUUUCUUCUUUUUCUUUCUUUUUUUUUUUUUUCUUUCUUUCUUUCUUUCUUUCUUUCUUUCUUUCUUUCUUUCUUUCUUCGAAUUUAAUAACAACUUCCUCCUUUUUUCUUCCUUUCUUUAUAACACCUUUCCACUUUAUUUACAUAUUUAUCCUUUGUUUCCUUCAUUUUCUUUUUAUCCACUUCGUUAGUUUCUUUCUUAAUGCAUGUUCAAUUCGUUUAAAACCUAACACUUUCCUUCUGCCUUUCGCUUUCUUUCUUCAUAAAAAUUGUUUACGAAACUUCUUUCUUUCCUUUCUUCUUCCUUCUUUCCUUCCUUUCUUUCUUUCUUUCUUUCUUUCUUUCUUUCCUUCCUAUGUUCAUAACUGUUGUUUAUCUAAGUGGCGCCUCGCGUUAGAGUGGUUAUCUAUCUAUCUAUCUAUCUAUCUAUCUAUCUAUCUAUCUAUCUAUCUAUCUAUCUAUCUAUCUAUCUCUGAAUAUUGCAAUCUCUCUUUUUCUCUCUAUCAAUUCUAUUCUACCAAUCUCUAUGGCAAUUUUCUCUCUCUCUCUCUUUCUUUCUAUCUAUUCUAG